GGGGCGGCGUCCAGGCUUCCGGACGGGCUGUGGCGGGCUGGGUCGCCCGGGCAGCGCUGGCCUAGGUGGUGGGCGGAGGAGGGAGGGAGUGAGGGAGGAACGGAGCGGACGCGAGGCGGCGGCGGCGGCGGCGGAGGCGGAGGAACUUGUUGCGCCGGCGACUGCGCUGCAGCUCCCUCCGCCCCAGUUCACCCUGGCGGGCGCGGCGGCAGCGUCGGGGGAGCGCGGCCGGGGCGAUGCGGCGCUACCUGCGCGUUGUGGUGCUGUGUCUGGCCUGCGGCUUCUGCUCGCUCCUCUACGCCUUCAGUCAGCUCGCCGUGUCCCUAGAGGAAGGGGCGGGCGGCGGUGGCGGGAAGCCGCAGGCCGCAGCGGCUUCCUGGCUCGCGGGCGGCGGGCGCGGCGCAGUGAGAGGCGCGGGCACCUCGACGCAUCCCGGUCGGUCAGACAGGUGUAAAGAUUUCUCUCUGUGUUGCUGGAAUACCUAUUGGAUGCUGCCCUCUGAUGUUUGUGGAAUGAACUGCUUUUGGGAAGCGGCUUUUAGGUAUAGUCUAAAAAUACAGCCCGUUGAGAAAAUGCACCUGGCUGUAGUUGCCUGUGGUGAAAGACUGGAAGAAACUAUGACCAUGUUGAAGUCAGCUAUCAUUUUCAGCAUCAAACCUCUUCAGUUCCAUAUUUUUGCAGAAGACCAGCUACAUGAUAGCUUUAAAGGCAGACUUGAAAGCUGGUCCUUUCUACGAACAUUUAAUUAUACAUUAUACCCCAUAACCUUUCCAAGUGAGAAUGCUGCAGAAUGGAAAAAACUCUUUAAACCAUGUGCUUCCCAGAGAUUGUUCUUGCCAUUAAUCCUAAAAGAAGUUGACUCACUGUUGUAUGUCGACACUGAUAUCCUUUUUCUGCGACCUGUUGAUGACAUCUGGUCUUUACUAAAGAAAUUUAAUUCGACACAAAUCGCUGCAAUGGCACCAGAACAUGAGGAGCCCCGAAUAGGAUGGUAUAAUCGCUUUGCCAGACAUCCAUACUAUGGAAAAACUGGAGUAAACUCUGGAGUUAUGUUGAUGAACAUGACUCGAAUUAGAAGGAAGUAUUUCAAGAAUGAUAUGACAAGUGUCCGACUACGAUGGGGAGAUAUUCUUAUGCCAUUGCUUAAAAAAUACAAACUAAACAUCACAUGGGGUGACCAAGAUCUAUUGAAUAUCAUAUUUUUUCAUAAUCCAGAAAGCCUUUUUGUUUUUCCGUGUCAAUGGAAUUAUCGACCAGAUCAUUGUAUAUAUGGAAGCAAUUGCCAAGAAGCAGAAGAAGAAGGGAUCUUUAUUCUUCAUGGGAACAGAGGUGUUUAUCAUGAUGACAAGCAACCGGCGUUUAGAGCUGUUUAUGAAGCACUGAGAAAUUGUUCUUUUGAAGAUGAAGACAUCAGUUCCUUAUGGAAAUCGUUAGAACUGGAACUACAAAAGACAGUACACACAUACUGUGGAAAAAUUUACAAAAUAUUUAUCAAACAACUAGCAAAAAGCAUAAGGGACCGUUACAAUAGACCACCAAAGGAAAGGUGAAUCCUGGUGACCGCUGAGUCAAGGAGGUGAAAACAACAAAGUAUCAGAGGAUGAAUGUGAAGGAAUCAUCUUGGAUGAAGUAUUCAGAAAGGAAUUAUUCAUCUCAGAAUAAUUUUCUUCCUAAAGAAGUUAAAUGAGCAGUAUAUUCAUGUAAUGAAGAAUAAGUUAAAAUCUUGGACUCCAGCAUGAAGCAUUUUUGAUCUCUGAUGUUUUGUGCUGUUAACUUGCUGUCAUUCCAGUAUUGAUUUAAAUAUUGAGUGGUCUUAGUCUACAGACUUCUGUUGACUCUUACUCUUUAAUGAGUAAGAACAGUAGGAGUGUAUGGAUGAAGAAAACGUACCUCAUACACUGUGGAAACAGACUGAGUAUAGCAAUAAUUUUAUGUCAGCACUAACCUCACUUUAAAUGUGUGAGAAAAAAGUUGUUUACAGGAGCAGAAAAGGUUCUGUUUCUAAAGAAAUGUGAUGUAACCGGUGUAACCAUUGACAAUCUGUGUGUGCCUUUAUACAUUUCAUCUCUGUUCUAAGAUAUUUUUGUGACAAUCAUGUUUAAAAGUGCUUUUAGGUUAUGAAGUAAGCUGUCUGUUAAAAAUUGAGCUAUAUAAGAAAGAAGAAAAAUAGUGAAAACUUUGGGGUUUUAAUGUCUCUGUGUGUCUGUGAGUAUGAGAGAGGGAAAGGCAGUGUCUUCAUUUUGUAUGUGUUAAAAUGUCUUGCCAAAA